AUGAGUCCCCGAAUCAGCCAAGGCUUGUGUUUUGCUCGCCUGCUGUUCCUGGUGGGCAUGUCUCUGACUGUCGCGGGUGGAGCCUUGGAGGGAAGUGACGAUACAGGUGAUGCUCUUAUUGGGCUUGAAUUGGUCAAAGCUGGCUACAGCAUCGUCGUGGCCUUUGCUGCCAUCUUGUUGGCCAUUCAGGCUUAUUUCUGGACCCAAUACUCCCCGGUUUCAAAGACAAGUCGGAUGAUCCUCAAAGCUAUGGGUUUUGGUAGCCCAUUCAUCGUUGUGCGCAUAAUCUACCUGUUCCUAUCUGUCCUCUACACAUCCGACCUCAGAUAA